GAAUACCUGGUGCGUGCUAAUGGCUUCUCGGGAAAAUUAAAAUGGCUCGAAAUUUGUGUGCCGUCCAUCCUCCAAACUUGAUGAUCGGACGGGUCCCGGCCUCCCGGGCCGCUUCAACCGUCCAGGUCCUCGCGGGUGGCAGACUCGUAGUAAGCAGUGCUGCACUACUGUCCUCCUCUUGUUUCGGCCGCCGCCGACGCGAUGCCCCCGCCGGCCACGCCCACCACCCGUGUCGCCCUCUACCUCCGCCGCGCCCGCCUCAUCGACUCCCUACGCCUCCGCCUCCGAUCACCUUCCUCCGCGCCCGCUCCCCCGCCGCCGCCAGACGACCCCGUCGUCGCGCUCCAUGCCAUCCGCGCCGCGCCCACGCCGUCCUCGGCGCUCUCCCUCUUCUGCGCCCUCCCAUCGCCCGCGCCACUGCCGCUCUUCCACGCCCUCGCAUCCCGCCUCGCCUCCCUCGCCGCACUCCACGACCUGCGCGCCCUCCUCGCCUCCUUCCCGCUGCCCGCGCCGCCCCUCACGCGCCUCCGCCUCCUCGCUGCCGCGGGGGACCGCGCCUCCGCACUUGACGCCUUCGCGUCCCUUCCGGCCGCCCCGCGCCGCCCUGCGGAGGCGCACAACGUCCUCAUCCACCUCCACGCCCAGGCCGCCGACCACGCCGCCGCUGUCAAGGCGUUCCGCGUCAUGGUCCGCGAGGGCGCGCUUCCGAACGCCCGCACCUACACCGUCGCCAUCGCCCACCUCGCAUCCGUGGGGUUCGUGGACCAGGCGCUCGAGGUGUUCCGCAUCCUGCCGUCGCUGCGCGUGCGGCGGACCACCCGGCAGUACAACGUGCUCGCUGAGGCUCUUGCGUCGGCGGGGAGGUUUGACCAGCUCCGGUGGCUCGUCCGCGAGAUGGCGGCCGUGGACGGCGUCUUGCCCGGGCCGCAGAUGAGGGCGGCCAUCGCCUCCAUGCGGGAAGCAGGGCACAUCGAUGGCACGGAGGAUUUCGUCGAGGAGCUUUCACCGGACGCAAGGAUCGGGUACGCCGUGGACGACGUCGAGGGCGAGGGAGACAGCGAGGAGGAGGACGACGACGAAGGCGGGGUCAAUCAUGACUACAAGGACAGAGGCAACAGAGAAAAACAGACCCUGAAGCCAUGGCUGGACCCGCGCGAACUCGCCAGGGCGUUGGACGGCUGGGACGCGCGAGAAGUGGCCGAGCUAGAGGCCGUCGGGCUCGUCUGGACGCCGCGGCUGGUGUGCAAGCUCCUGCGCUCGUUCAAGAAGGCCGAUACAGCGUGGGAGUUCUUCUGCUGGGUGGCGUGCCGCCCCGGCGGGUUCGCGCACGACCGCCAUACGGUGGCUAGGAUGGUAGCCAUUCUCGCCCGCGCCGGGCACGUCGAGCUGGUGGAGCGGCUGCUCGCCAAGGUGCGGUCGGACGGCAUCGUCCUCCCCUUCGCCACCGUGCGGCUUGUCAUCGACUUCUACGGCCUCUCCAAGAAGGCCGACGCGGCGGCCAGGGUGUUUCGGGACGCCGAGUCCAUCUGCGGCCCCGUGUCUAGGUCCAACCUCGCGCUGCUCUGCUCGUCGCUGCUGCGAACGAUGGCCAAGUGCCGGAGAGGCCUCGACGCCAUGGAGCUCCUGGAGGAGAUGAUGGCGCGGGACGUGCUCCCGGACCUGCAGACCUUCUCCGGCCUUAUGGAGCACCUGGCCAGAGCUGGCGACCUCAAGGGUGUUCACAGGCUGCUCGGGCUGGUGCGGCAGUGCGAGCUUCAGCCCGACGGGUACAUGUACAGCGUGCUGGUCAGGGCCUACUGCAAACGGGAGCGCGCGGCGCUCGCGCUGAGGGUGUUCGACGAAAUGCGCACGUCCGGGAUCGCGCCCGACGCGCCCACCAAGGCGCUGCUGGUGAAGAGCCUGUGGCGGGAAGGGAAGCUCCGGGAGGCGUCACCGGGGCACGUGUGGACGGCCAGCGCCGCGGACUUGACGAAGGUGCUGGACAUCUACUCCGGCUGCUUCGCUCAGCCUGCUGCAACGGGGUGAUGCGCCGAUGCCAUUGACGCUUCACCUCGGAUCCAGAAUUCAGAUCCCAGAACGACGAACUCCUCGCGGCAACAUGUCGAUCGGUUGGCUCGUUCAGUGCAGCUGCAGAAGAAAUGAAUGAGCAUGGCAGAGACGAGGAUGUCGAGUCUGCAGCGCAAUUGCACGAAGAGUAUUAGACUCGAGUGCUAGAGCUCUGCAAUGCUGUUGUACAAUGUGCUAGUGUCAUUUCCUUGCUACGUGGGGAUAUCAAGGGCAGCGCCAUGUGUUAUACCCUUUUCGUUUAAAAAUGUAAGAUAUAUAAAUCAUAUUUUAUAAGUUUUGAUCCAUGAUUUGUUA